GCCGGCGGGCGCGUGGAGUGAGCGGGAGCCGGGACUCGCGCCCGACCGACGGACCCCAGCAGCGACCCGGCCUUGGGCUCCGCGCAGGAAGAUGCACAGAGCAGACUCACCCAAACCACCAGUUGCUCCCAAGCCAAAGACUACCACCAGUCCUCUCACGCCAGUGACUGGAGCCGGGUUUCCUCCUUCACCCAGGCCAGACAGUUUCCCCAGUCCCAACUCCAUGUCCAGGGGGCCAAAACCCCCCAUUGCCCCUAAGCCCAGGCUGGCCAGCCCCGAGUAUGGAGCUGCUGUGUGCCUGAACAAGAGCCUGAGCAGAUGCAGCAACGGGAGGCUGCUCUGUGGGGACAGGGGGCUGGCUGGCCCACACCGCUCCACCCCGGAGUGCUCUGAGUCAGAGACAGAUGAAGAGUACAUCAUGGUUCCCAGGGCUCCACAGGCAGCAGAGCUCACAUCCAUGGUUGGGGCCACUGGAGAAGAGGAAUGUGAGGAGGAAGGCCAGGAGCAUGGUCUAGAGCAGACAGGCGCUGAUGGGGACCUGUCAGUCCCAGAUGUUGCACCAGGCAGGGAUGGUGAGGAAGACAUGGACCCCUCUCUGGAAGAAGAGGAAGACUGUGGCCGUGAUCUAGGGUCAGAUGGGACCCCAGUGUCCCCAGCUGAAGGGGCGCCAAGUAGAGAUGGUGAGGAAGGUGAAGGGGACUGUGACCAGGGCCCGGGGUCAGAGGAGCAGAUGUCCACAAGUGAGGAGGAGGAAGAGCUGGUAAAAGAGCACAAUGUGUACAACCUGGAGGACACGGGGCCCUGGGAUGGAGAGAAGCACUUCCAGAGCGAGAUCAUUCUCACCCAUGUAUGCGCCAAGUCCCCUGAAGUUCCCUAUGGGGAGCUGGAGUGCACCGAGACCCCUAGGGAGGCAGCGGAGGAUGGUAGGGAUGGCUGUAUCAACAUUGAGCCCAGGGAGCCUGAUGGGGGUGUGGAGCCUGCUAGACACAACCAGGACACUGAACAGGACACGGAGGGUGCGAGUGUGGAAUCCCCUGAGAAUGGGGAGGUGCACCCCAAUAUCCAGGGACCUGAGGUGGACACUGAGAGCCCUGAGGUCUCUGAGGAGAACUGUGAAGAUGUUCCUGUCAGUGAGGACCAGGCAGACCAGGAGGAACCACCCAACUGGGAUGAGGACACCUACAAUAGUAAAGCUGCAGCGGCCAUCACAGGAGUGGAAGAAGACCCUGGCGAGGACAGGGACCCUAUGCAGGAGGACCUUGCUGAGGAGAGCUGUCAGAUCAUUCCCUUUGAGAGUGACAGUGUGGAGGACUUCACAUCUACACUCACAGAAAGUCCCUACGAGCUCCUUCCCACUGAGAGCACCUCCUUCUGCAGUGAGAACUAUUCCCUUUCUGAGUCAGUCAAAGGCUCUGCAUCAGGACAGGAGCCAGAAGAGGUCCCAGGCCCUGGCACUUCACUUAACCAACGUGACUUUCUGCUGGGUGGAACUGGGGAAGGCCUCCCUGUCCCUGACGUGGUGGUCAUGCCAGAAGAGGAGGAUGCCAUGGACGACGCACUCAGAAACCCUUAUGUGAUGGGAGUCAGCUUGCCAAGCCGUGGAGAGGGAGUGCAGUCUGACUUCCGGACCACGCCAGGCACUCUGAGUAGGUACAACACAAGGGAAGAAGAGGACUCUGAGGCUGAGGGUGGCCUGGUGUCCGUGGACAAGAAAAAUAUUGCCACGAGGGCCCGGCCACACUCUGGGAAGGUGGCUGGCUAUGUCCCAGAAACCGUUCCUGAAGAAACAGGACCAGAAGCUGUUUCAUCAGCCAUGGGCAUGAGAGGUGCCACUGAGGAGGUGAGAAAGCUGGGCGUGUCACUGGAGGGGAAGCCCCCUGAAACCAGCCGGGCCUUGCCAGCCAAGCCCAGAGCAUUCACCCUGUACCCAAGGUCCUUCUCUGUGGAAGGCCGGGAAAGUCCCCUGUCCAUGUUCCGGCAGCCAGAUGGGGGCGGGCUGGACAGCCACCUUGUGAGAAGGAAAGAGGACAACCUGUCUCUGCCGGGCACCAUCGGCUCUUCUGGCAGCUUCUCACAGCGCAACCACCUGCCGUCCAGCGGCACCUCCACACCAUCCUCCAUGGUGGACAUCCCACCACCUUUCGACCUGGCCUGCAUCACAAAGAAACCCAUCACCAAGAGCUCACCCUCGCUCCUGACAGACAGCGACACCCUGGACAAGGCCUCCAAGAAGAAGAAGUCCUCCUUUAAGCGCUUCCUGGAGUUGACAUUCAGGAAGAAGACUGAGAACAAGACGCACACUGACGUGAACCUGUCAUCCUCCAGGUCCUCUUCUGAAUCCAGUUACCACGGGCCUGCCAGGGUCCUGGAACUGGACCGCAGGAGCCUUAGCAACUCACCCCAGCUCAAGUGUCGCACCGGGAAGCUUCGGGCCUCGGACUCCCCAGCCUCCCUCAUCUUCUACAGGGACAGCAAGAGGAAAGGUGUCCCCUUCAGCAGGACUGUGUCCAGGGUAGAGUCCUUCGAAGACCGCUCCCGCCCGCCCUUUCUGCCCUUGCCGCUCACUAAGCCACGGUCCAUCUCAUUCCCCAACGCUGACACUUCAGACUAUGAGAACAUUCCAGCCAUGAACUCAGAUUAUGAGAACAUCCAGAUCCCACCACGGAGACCUGCACGAACCGGCACCUUCACAAAGCUGUUCGAAGAACAGAGCAGAGCCCUGUCCACGGCAAAUGAAAAUGAUGGCUAUGUGGACAUGAGCAGCUUCAACGCCUUCGAGAGCAAGCAGCAGAGUGCAGAGCAGGAGGCAGAGAGCGCCUACACAGAACCCUACAAGGUCUGUCCUAUUUCAGCGGCCCCCAAAGAGGACCUCAUGUCAGAUGAAGAGCAGGGAAGCUCAGAAGAGGAGGACAGCACAUCGAAAGAUCCAAGCCUUACUCACAAGGUAGAGGGACAAUCCAGAGCCCUUGUCAUCGCACAGGAGCUGCUGUCUUCUGAGAAAGUAUAUGUGCAGAUGCUGCAGCACUUAAGCCUGGAUUUCCAUGGAGCUGUCCUGAGGGCCCUGGAGGACAUGGACCAAGAAAGCAGAGACCUGCUGGCCCAGGAGGAGCUGCGGCAGGGCCUGCGUGAGCUACCAGCCAUCCUUGACCUUCACCAGGGCAUUCUGGAUGACCUGGAACAGAGACUAGGGGACUGUGGGGAGGGCCAGCAGCAAGUGGCCGACAUCUUCCUGGCUCGUGAGCAGGAGUUCGAGCAUCAUACUGUGCAUAUCCUGCAGUUUGACAGGUACCUGGGGCUGCUCGCUGAGAGCUGCCUGCUGUCACCCAGACUGGCCGCUGCCAUCCGGGAAUUUGAGCAGCAGAGUCCACAGGGGGGUGGCCAGAACACAAAGCACCGGCUGCUGCGUGUGGUCCAGCGUCUGUUCCAGUACCAAGUGCUGCUCACAGACUACUUAAACAACCUAUCCCCAGAUUCAGCCGAGUAUGAUAACACACAGGGUGUUCUGACCCUCAUCUCCAAAAUGACAGACCGUGCCAAUGACAGCAUGGAGCAAGGGGAAAACCUUCAGAAGCUGGUCCACAUUGAGCACAGUGUGCGUGGCCAAGGGGACCUCCUCCAGCCAGGAAGGGAGUUCCUGAAGGAAGGGACGCUGAUGAGAGUGAGAGGGAAAAGCCGACACCCCCGGCACCUGUUUCUGAUGAGCGACAUGCUCCUGUACACGUAUCCCCAGAAGGAUGGGAAGUACCGGCUGAAGAGCUCACUGCCAGUGGCCAACAUGAAGGUCAGCCGCCCUGUGAUGGACAAAGUGCCCUAUGCUCUGAAGAUUGAGACUCUCGAGUCCUGCCUGACUCUAUCUGCGAGCUCCUGCGCUGAGAGGGACGAGUGGCACAGCUGUCUGAGCAGAGCCCUCCCCGAGGACUACAAAGCCCAGGCUCUGGCUGCCUUCCACCACAGCGUGGAGAUCCGGGAGAGGCUGGGGGUCAGCCUGGGGGAGAGGCUCCCCACUCUGGUGCCCGUCACACACGUCAUGAUGUGCAUGAACUGCGGCUGCGACUUCUCGCUCACUGUGAGGCGUCAUCACUGCCACGCCUGUGGCAAGAUUGUGUGCCGGAACUGUUCUCGCAACAAGUACCCCCUUAAGUGCCUAAAGAAUCGGAUGGCCAAGGUCUGCGAUGGCUGCUUCCGGGAGCUGAAGCUAAGGAAUGGGCCAGUCCCAGGCCCCAUGAGAGAGCGACCUGUCAGCAUGAGCUUCCCGCUGUCCUCAGCUCGCUUCUCCUCGGGCAGCACCUUUUCCUCCGUCUUCCACAGCAUUAGCCCCUCCACCUUCAAGAAGCAGAAGAAAGUCCCUUCGGCCCUGAGCGAGGUGACCGCCUCUGGAGAGGGCUCAGCCAUCAGUGGCUACCUGAGCCGGUGUAAGAGGGGCAAGCGACACUGGAAGAAGCUCUGGUUCGUCAUCAAAGGCAAAGUGCUCUACACCUACAUGGCCAGCGAGGACAAAGUGGCCAUGGAGAGCAUACCUCUGCUGGGCUUCACCAUCGCCCCAGAAAGGGAAGAGGGCAGCAGUGAAGUGGGCCCUGUUUUCCACCUUUACCACAAGAAAACCCUGUUCUAUAGCUUCAAAGCAGAGGACAGCAAUUGUGCUCAGAGGUAUCAGGAACAGCUAGUCUAUCUCCUUGUCUGUCUCGCAGAGAACUGUGUCACCAGGGCUUUGCUUGCUGCUGUUCUGGUCCCUCAGUCCUAGCGCAGCUGCCUGCCUGUUCCAGGUGGUGAGAUUGCCUUGACUCUUAC